GUUAACAGGGGAUUCAUGGAGCUUGUCACAGCACCACUGUUUUCUAUGUCUUCUUGUCCACGAUGCCCUUUAGGAUUUCAAUAAGAUGCGUGUGUGUUUCCAGAUAAUCAGUUUCUUCCUCGCCGUCAACUUUUACUGCCAGCCGCUCCGAGCUCAGGAUCCCUCCUGUUGCCAACAUGCUGCCGAGUUCUCGCCUUGCAAAGAAGCUUGUGACCAGCUCGCCACUAUAAAGAGUGAGUCUCGUCUGAAGCAUCUGCUCCAGAGGUUACCCAGUUACUGUCCGGAGUUGAUGAAUGAACUUUGGACGUGCAUCAACUCUUCACUUCCAGGAGUAUCCAGGAAGUCGGACGGCUGGGUGGGGCUGGGCUGCUGCGAGCUGGCCAUCUCAGCUGAGUGUCGCAGGGAAUGCAGACAGGCGUCAUCUAAAAAUGACAUAACUAAAGUAUGCAAAAAAAUGACAGAAACCUCCCUCUACAGCUGCAUCACCAAAAAUGAAAUGGGCUCCACCUGCUGCAGCUAUGCAGGGCGCCACACCACCUGCAGGGAGUACUGCCAGGCCAUCUUCAGGACCGACUCCACCCCCACCGUGUCCCAGAUCAACGCCGUGAACGAGUACUGUCAGAGCCACAGCGCACAGCUGCUCAGCUGCGUCAGCAACUUCACCAAGUCCUACCCCAUACGCAGCCCCAUCGACAGUCUGUACUGCUGUGACCGGGCUGAGGCCACGCACUGCCAGGUGGCGUGCCGGCGGAUCCUUCGCACCAUGAGCACGGAACACGAGAUCAUGGAGGGUCUGAUCGACGAGUGCGGCUCCCAGCCCCUCCCUCAGGAGCCCAUGUGGCAGUGCUUUCUGGGCAGCGCCCACCCUCCCUCCCCACCUGAAGAGGAUACCCCACACCCCGCCAAGAUGGACUGCGCCAAGCUGCACUGCUGCUCCAAGGCGAACACCUCCCUCUGCAGGGACAUGUGCCAGGAGAUCAGCACCAACUGGGGCAGCCAGACCUGGCAGGACUUUGACCAGCUCUGUGAGUACAACCCGGUGGAGACGGAGCUCAUCAACUGCCUGGCCGACGUCAGAGAGCCAUGUCAGCUGGGCUGCAAGGACCUCACCUACUGCACCAACUUCAACAACAGGCCGACGGAGCUGUUCCGUAGCUGCAACGUCCAGUCGGACCAGGGCGCCAUGAACGACAUCAAGCUGUGGUCCAACGGGACGAUCAAGAUGCCGUUCAUGAACAUCCCGGUGCUGGACAUCAGGAAGUGUCUGCCGGACAUGUGGAAGGCCGUGGCCUGCUCCCUGCAGAUCAAGCCCUGCCACAGCAAGUCCAGAGGGAGCGUCAUAUGCAAGUCGGACUGCUUGGACAUACUGACUCAGUGCGGGGACAGGAAGCGUUUCCAUGAAGGACAAACUCCAGAGAGGAUCUGUGAGCUGCUGUCGCCCAUUGACGACCCUGAACGCUGCAUCCCCCUCCACCGAUACCUCAUCCCCAGUUCCCUAGGCAACAGCAUCGUGGAGGAGGUCAUCCACCCGUGCAACCCCAACCCCUGCCCCAGCAACCACUUAUGCCAGGUCAACAGGAGGGGCUGCCUCGACGAACUCACCUGUCAGCCGUUCCUCUGUGUGCCAGGCUGUAAACUGGGCGAGGCCUCUGAGUUUCUGGUGCAGCAGGACGCCCGCAUCCAGGUGCCGACUCGCACCGGCCCGACGGGGUGCCACGAGGUCUGCAGCUGCGGCCCCAGCGGGCGCCUGGAGAACUGUGCGGAGAUGCCCUGCUGGGACACCGAUGAGCCCUGCAUCGUCGCAGGACAGAGGAAGAGCCACGGGUCGUCCUUCAAGAUCGACUGCCACACCUGCUCCUGCUUCGCUGGAGACACCAUCUGCUCCACCAGAGAGUGUCUCGACUUCGACAGCUCCGAGGAGGACCGCAGACACUUUACCGGCCUUCCCUGUAGCUGUCCGGACCGCUUCGUCCCAGUGUGUGCCUCUAACGGGCGGACGUAUCCCAGCGCCUGUGUGGCCCGCUGCAUGGGCUUCAAGGACCAUCAGUUUGUCUUCGGCCUGUGCCGCCUCAGUAACCCUUGCACCGGCAAGCCCUGUCAGAGGAACCAGAGGUGCAUCCCGAAGUAUCGCGUGUGUCUCAGUGACUCGUCAGACUGCCUGCAGUACGAGUGUGUGGGCCGCCCGGGGGCCUGCGAUAAGAGCAGCUUGGAGCCGGCCUGCGACACCGACGGCCUGGUCCACCCCAGUCCAUGCCAGCUGCAACAGGCGGGGAAAACCCUGGCCUACAUGGGUCACUGCCAGGAUGCCUGCAGGAAGCCUCAGCAAGUCUGUGGCCAUAACGGAGAAACCUACAUCACAGUGUGUGACGCCUUCACCGACCGCGUGGCCGUGGACUACGAGGGGCCCUGCCACGCCGUGGGGGCCAUGUCUGACGGGGCCCCCGACUCUGCGUGCAGUGUGAUUCCCUGCCCACCGCUGUCCACUCCGGGCUGCCAGCCCGUCACCCCACCUGGAGCCUGUUGUCCGAUAUGUGCCAGCAUGCUGCAGAUCCUCUGGAACAAAGAGCAGAUGAACACUUUCUCUAAGUUGAACAAGAACCAGCCGGUGACGGUCCACGACGUCCUGCAGAUCAUGCGUCUUCAUGUCUCGGUGCCGCAAUGCGACGUCUUCGGCUACCUGAGCAUCGACCACGAGCUGGUGGUCCUCAUCGCCCCAGUGGACCAUCAGCCAACACCGCUGCAGAUCGAAGCCUGCAGCACGGAGGCCGAGAAGAUUGAUUCCCUCAUCAACUACGCCAGCCCCACGCUGGUCUCCCACGUCCCACUCUCGGCGUUCCUCGCGUCCGAGAUCAAGACCUCCCACAUCCGCUCGUCCGGGGCCGCUCCGCCCUCACCCCUGCCCCCGGGCCUGUGCUUCCUCCUGGGGCUCCUCAUCGCUGCAGCCCCUGUCCUCCACCAGGUUUAA